GCACGAUUUUCUUGAUAACGCCUCGACGAUGCAAAACUCGGAUUUUGCAUCAGAAUAGAUCAGAGGCUUUGCGUAAUGAUGCAAUCAGCCGUAUUUUUUAAUCUUCAAGGCGAGAUUAUUUCGGGGUCAAAGUUUGCGCGAAUGGUGCGAUCCUCUGUCGUUCAGCGAUAAGUAAGUCUCUGGAGAAUCAAAAAAGAUUUGUGGUUCUCUUAGGAAAUGUGGAAGUAACGAAUACUACGCGCUCGCAAGCAAUGAAGAAGAAGGAGAGGAAGAAGAGAAGGGAUCGUCACAACAGAGCGACCCACGUCUGUGCUCUCCUCGUUAAUUUUAGUACACGUUCCACCACGUCUAGCUCAAGAAGACGGUAGUAGUUGCGCGCGUGAUAAUGAUAUCGGGCCAAGAGCACUAAACAGUGUCGCAGCAUUGAAAGACAGUCUGCGCCCGUCCGAUACUUUCGCAUCACCAGCAAUUAUCAGCAUAAUGAUGCGCGCCUAUCUCCUAGGUUUGAUCUUCUAUUGCGUUUCGAAACCUGCGCUGAGUGAGCCAGUCACGUGGCUGAUGCAGGGCGAUAUGUUCACCGAUGAUGAGGCAACGUCGAGGCUCAUCCAGCUGGACAGCCACAACAGUUACUUCUCGGUGAGCACCCGGGCGGAAAUGUACUACGCGGCUCAGCCGGGCAAGCUUAUCAACUGCGUGAUCGCCGCGGCCGUCUAUCAAAAAGGCCAUGUGAGCGUGGUGGAAGGCGGUUACGGGAGCACGAUGGUCCGGGUUCGUUACAUGACAAAAAACGGCGAGACGGACGUUUUCGCCGUUUUCCUGCAGAGCGUGAAGAGAGAAAUGGUGUCCGUCGACGGGAACUUCGUGAACAGCACGAGGCUGGGCAUUGUCUACGAGCCUGUGAGGAACUGGACUCAGCAAGAAGUCGAAGAUGUUCUCCGUAACAUCACCACGAAUUUUCCUCUCGUAUGAACAACUUACGUUGAUCGCAAUACUUCGUCCAUAGCUGAAUGCAUCUUAUUAAGAUACUCUAAGUAUCUUAAUAAUAUAUCUAAUUUUAAUACCUUGAUAGGCUCACCGUGAAGUUGAACUUGAGAGUGAAGUCUGUGAGAGUAAACUUCGUGAAGCGUGCAUUCUAACGAGCGAGACACUGAGUUUACUAUAAUUAAUAAAAUCUAUUAAAAUAAGAAUAAAAUUUUCAUUUCUAUUACAACAUAUAUUUAUGUAGAAAUAAAUACUUUUGGCAUGUAUUAUAUAAGGAAAUGGAAUCAGUCGAAAUAA